GAUUUUUUGGAACCUUUUAUUAAAUUUAUUCAUGAAUUGGAAGGAGAUACACCACUUUUAUCAGUAGCAUUUUUUAAAUUACGACAAUUAGAAAAAUUAAUACAUAAUAAUACUGAAAUUCCAAAUAUUGUAAUUACAGAAAGUUUAAAAUUAGUAGAAUGGCGUUGGGAUAAUUUUUUAUAUAAUCCGGCAACUAUAGUAGCAUACAAAUUGGAUCCUCGAUAUUGUGGAGAAACUUUGAAUCCAAAAAGAUGGGAUGCUAUAAUUGAAAGAGAACUUAUGUAUCUUGCUGGACCAGAAAAUGAAGAUCAGGUUUUAGAAGAAUUCGCCAAAUUCGUAGGAAAAAUUGGUAGAUUUUCAAUUAAUCAUUUGUGGGGUUCUAUAAAAGAAAAACCAUAUAAUUGGUGGAAUUUAGUUAAGGCAUGA